UACACCGUCGCGCAGUACAGCACUAAAUCAAAUUUAAAUCUCUUAAAUCGAUUUUUAGAUAAUUUUCAAAUUCAAAAUGACGGUUAGGAAGAAAAGUAUCGACAAUUCCUUGGACGCGAUUUUGUACAAUUUGAGCGAUUUUGGAAAAUACCAAAUUUAUGUUUUCGGUUUAGUAUGUGUAGCGGUGGUUUUGCAUUCAAUGGUUCAUAUAGUAUAUGUUUUCACCGCUAUGGACUUAGAUUACAGAUGUAAAGUUCCUAGUUGUGACCACCCAGAAGACUUAACAUAUAAACAGCCAUGGUUGAAGAAUACCAUACCAUUUGACGAUGACAGCCCAGAAAAAUGUUCAGUGUACCAACUUAAACCAAAUCACACGGAACCAAAUCAGAACUGCACGGGGGAUGUAUUUGACAAAAAAGUCAUCGAAAAAUGUGACGACUUUAUUUAUGACGGAGUUGAAAAAACAAUUUUGCAGGAAUUCGGCCUUCAAUGUGAUGAGAAUCUAUGGAAAUUAGCCAUGGUAGGGACAGUGAACAGCGGUGGCCAAUUUGUUGGACUCAUAAUUUCCGGGUUUAUAUCAGACAGAUAUGGUAGGAGGUGUCUUCUAGUAUGGGGAAUGGUCAUCUGCGCUUUAUGUGGAUGCCUUAAGGCUUUUAUGCCUACUUACAAGCUCUUCCUUUUGAUGGAAUUCUUGGACGCAGCUUUUGGCUCGGGAAGCUAUAUAUGUGGUUUCGUUUUAGGUGUAGAACUAGUAGGACCUAAGAAACGUGUUCUAACAGGAACCCUAACAAGUUGCUGCUACGCAAUUGGUGAAAUUCUAGUUGCCAUAGCUGCCUGGAUUGUAAAAGACUGGAAGCUUCUUCUCUUGGUAACCUACAGUCCAUCCCUACUUUUAGUCGCAUACCUCUGGCUGAUUCCCGAAUCAAUCAGAUGGAACUUGAGCAAAGGUCGUGUAGAUGAAGCCAAAAAAACUCUAAGAAAACUAGCCUCGGUAAAUGGGAAAGAAAUCACCGAAAAAGAAUUGGAAACUCUGGAUUUCGUGGAAAUCGAACGUCAAGAAUCAAAUGAAAGCCUGGAAAAGUCCGGGGGUAUUAUGGAGGCUGUCAAAUCAAGUGUUCUGAUGUUUAGACUGGUUGCCUGUUGUUUUUGCUGGAUAACGUGUGCCUUUUUGUUUUAUGGAUUGACAUUGAAUUCCGUGGCAUUGAAUGGGAAUCAUUAUUUGGACUUUAUACUUACAGCUUUGGUAGAAGUUCCUGCUUAUUUUACAUGCAACUUCAUCGUGGAUAAAUUAGGAAGAAAGAAAUCUCUAUGCGGUUCAUAUUUCUUAACUGGAGCUGCCUGUCUAGCUUUUAUUUUCAUACCAGCAAGUUCAAGAUGGGGCAGUUUAUCGGUGUAUUUAAUAGGAAAAUUCGGCGCCACUGCCUCGUUUACAGUGCUGUACGUCAUCACCAGCGAAAUGUUCCCAACGCACUUACGACACUCCUUCAUGGGAACAUGUUCCACGUUUGGCAGAUGCGGUUCCAUGAUCUCACCUCAGACACCAUUACUGGCACAAAUUUGGGAUCCUCUACCUCUGGUGUGUUUCGGAGCGAUGUCACUCUUUGCUGGACUUAUAACAUUAAUUUUUCCGGAAACUGUCAAUAAGAAAUUACCGGACACAGUGAAACAAGCGGAAAAUAUCGGAAAAGUACAACCAAAAGUCAAGAAAGACGUUGAAAGAUACUGAAGUACAAAAAUUAUUGUUGUAUUUUUAAUAUUCCUAUCUUUUUGUAAUAUCUGUGAUAAUGAUUAGUUUGUUAAUAUUAUUUUAUAAGUUAUUUAUUAGAUAUUUUUUGUUUAUUGUAUAAUUAAACCCAGUGCAUUAAACUAAUUCUAAAUAUUUAAGAAAAUAAAUCAACUCAAACCUCUCUUCUGUA